GGCCCGCUGGGCGCGGGGGUGGACCCCGCUGAGAGGCGCGAGAGUGAGGUCUGGGCCGCGUAGGCCCAUGGGAGCCGCAGCAGCAUGAACGACGUGGCCAUCGUGAAGGAGGGCUGGCUCCACAAGCGAGGUGAGUACAUCAAGACCUGGAGGCCGCGUUACUUCCUCCUAAAGAACGAUGGCACCUUCAUCGGCUACAAGGAGCGGCCGCAGGACCUGGAGCAGCGAGAGUCGCCCCUCAACAACUUCUCCAUGGCCCAAUGCCAGCUGAUGAAGACGGAGCGGCCGCGGCCCAACACCUUCAUUAUCCGCUGCCUGCAGUGGACCACAGUCAUCGAGCGCACGUUCCACGUGGAGACUCCCGAGGAGCGGGAGGAGUGGACCACCGCCAUCCAGACGGUGGCCGACGGGCUCAAGAGGCAGGAGGAGGAGACGAUGGACUUCCGGUCGGGCUCGCCCGGUGAGAGCUCGGGGGCCGAGGAGAUGGAGGUGUCGCUGGCCAAGCCCAAGCACCGUGUGACCAUGAGUGAGUUUGAGUACCUGAAGCUGCUGGGCAAAGGCACCUUUGGGAAGGUGAUCCUCGUGAAGGAGAAGGCCACAGGCCGCUACUAUGCCAUGAAGAUCCUGAAGAAGGAGGUCAUCGUGGCUAAGGACGAGGUGGCCCACACGCUCACGGAGAACCGCGUUCUCCAGAACUCCCGGCACCCGUUCCUGACGGCCCUGAAGUACUCCUUCCAGACCCACGACCGCCUGUGCUUCGUCAUGGAGUACGCCAACGGGGGCGAGCUCUUCUUCCACCUGUCCCGGGAGCGGGUGUUUCCUGAGGACCGGGCCCGCUUCUCCGGCGCGGAGAUCGUGUCGGCCCUGGAUUACCUGCACUCGGAGAAGAACGUGGUGUACAGGGACCUCAAGCUGGAGAACCUCAUGCUGGACAAGGACGGGCACAUCAAGAUCACCGACUUUGGACUGUGCAAGGAGGGCAUCAAGGACGGCGCCACCAUGAAGACUUUCUGCGGGACCCCUGAGUACCUGGCCCUUGAGGUGCUGGAGGACAACGACUACGGCCGGGCGGUGGACUGGUGGGGGCUGGGCGUGGUCAUGUACGAGAUGAUGUGCGGCCGCCUGCCCUUCUACAACCAGGACCACGAGAAGCUCUUCGAGCUCAUCCUCAUGGAGGAGAUCCGCUUCCCGCGCACACUCAGCCCGGAGGCCAAGUCCCUGCUCUCGGGGCUUCUCAAGAAGGACCCCAAGCAGCGGCUUGGUGGGGGCUCUGAGGACGCCAAGGAGAUCAUGCAGCACCGAUUCUUCGCCAGCAUCGUGUGGCAGGAUGUGUACGAGAAGAAGCUCAGCCCGCCCUUCAAGCCUCAGGUCACGUCUGAGACGGACACCAGCUAUUUUGAACAGGAGUUCACGGCCCAGAUGAUCACCAUCACGCCACCUGACCAAGACGACAGCAUGGAGGGGCUGGACAGCGAGCGGAGGCCCCACUUCCCCCAGUUCUCCUACUCGGCCAGCGGCACGGCCUGAGGGGCCCGCCCGGCGGAGCUCAGGACACCGCCGCGGGCAGCCACGUGCUCCAGACGACGCUUCGGAGGAUUGGGAGGAAGCCUCACAUGGAGGAUCUGUAUUUAAUGUUUUUUAUUUCUGGAUGUGUUUGGAUGGAACCACAGCCACCCUCCAACACGGAUGGGGAGGUGCCCCAUGCUGUGGGCAGGGCUGCCCGCACUGGGGGCAGAGUGCCCCUGGCUGGCCAGCUCUGGAGGAAGACGUCCUGCGGUUUCUCUUAAUUUAUUCAUCCAGUUCUCCAGACGCGGCCUCGGCCUUCGGAACAAUUAGAUUCCUGUAGGAAAACGAGGACUUCUGCAGCCGCGUGCACAUGGGUCGCUGUGGGCCCU